GUGAUUCUUGGAACAUUUACUUAGAAAGAGGUCUAAAGGCACAUCAAGUCAUUGGGAGGAAUAUUCAGUUCAUGAAAAUAGAGAAGCAAAGUGGAGGCCUGGGAGUGGAAACAACUGUCAACUGUCACCAAGCCCCUGUAACUGGCAUAACCAGUUGUUGGAGAGUGCAAGUUCAGACUUUUCAUUGAGAUUGUCAACCUAGUUCCUAAGUGCAUUUCCCACCCAGAAAGGUUUAUUUUGGUCUUGGACCCGUGACUCUCUGCUCAGCUCCUGGUCGGCCUGGCCAUGGUCCUGUGCGAGGACAGGGAGUGUAGUGUCUGCUACCUGCCCUACUCUCGGCUGGACAGGAUCCCCCGGAUGCUGCACUGCAGACACACCUUCUGUGACCCCUGCCUGGACACCAUGUCACAGGCCAAGACUGAUCUGCUCACUGUGAGCUGCCCUUUGUGUCGUCGGGUGACCUGCAUAGGACGUGGCCUCAGCCUGCAGGAAGCACUGUGGGUCAACAGCAGGCUGUGGGACCAGAUACCAGAGGACAUGGAGGCCGAGGCAGAGGAGGCACUCAAACAAGAAGCUGAGGAUGAGACCACUGAAGCUAAACAACAACCCUCAUGUCAAGCAGAAUGCCUUUCCUCCAGGUACUCCAGAACAAAGCUCAAAUUUCCAGCAUUCUUCAGGAAGUUCAGUCUAACAAAGCAGCACCAAGAGAAGAUUGUGCCUGGUGGCAGUGUGGAGAUGAAAUCCUGGCGCAGACUUUCAACAGAAGAGACCUUUUGAGAUCGAUAUAAAACCUGGAUUUAUCAACAAUUAUGUGCCAAGCCUUGAUUCUCAGGAUAAAACGUCUUUGUUUGAGCAUUGGAUACAGUAUUAACAGUCCCUGUAUGGAAAGUUGAAACUGCCAGGACCAAGUCCCUGUCUCUAUGAUCCUGACAAGGCAUUGUUGCAUUUACAGCCAAUGCUGCUGUGUCUCCUCAUUAUUUAUUCUAGGCUUAAUUCCCCCAGCUGGUGCUAUGGGAUUUGGUUCAGCUGUCCCAGUGGGACUAACGCUCCAAUAGUAGUCACGACCCCCCUCGUGACAGAUGGUCUGCUGACGAUGUUUCCUUCCACAUAUACUUAGAUUAACAUAGAAUAUUUAUUUUAUUACCAG